AUGAUGAAUGCUAGAAUGGUUGCAUUCAAAAAAUAUCUGAAACUGCAAAGCUCCGAGCACACUCCCUCACUGAUCUCGACAGAUUGGAUCGACUUUUUGGAGGCAAACACAUUUCAACUGAUGAUGUAUACUAUCCAGGUUCUGGAGUGGAUCAGAAUACCGAGUCUGAGACGGUUACUGAAAUACGACAUUGUGAAUCUAGAAGAUGAUUCUGAUGUGCCUUCAAGAAACCAAAACGAAACACCGCUUUCCUAA